AUGCUCCUCAGCCUUUUGAGUUGCGCUCUUUUUCGGCUCCAGGGAUCAAGUGCCGAAGGGAUGGAGAAAUUGCAAGUCACAGUGGAUGGCUUGAGUGGGCCCAUGGCCCACUUCUCCGCCGCAGCGGGAUGGUCACUCCAAGAGCUGCGUGAGGCGAUUCACGUAGCCACGUCCAUCCCGCCGAGCCAGCAGCGCUUGCUGCAUGGAUGCAGAUCCUUGGAUGAUGAGCGGAUGAGUCUGGGAAGCCUUGGGGAGGAGCACAUCUCACUGACCUUGGUGCUGAGGACCUUGGACCAGGCCAAAGUCUUAGAAGCUGUGGCUUCAGGGGAGCCUUUGAAACCUAUCUUGGAAGCUGCAGCCCCCGAAGUGCGAAGCGACAAGGCGGUUAUGAUGGCGGUGGUGCAGCGGGAUGGCUUGCUGCUGCGCCUGGCGGAUGAGAUGCUCAAGGCUGAUGAGGACCUGGCCUUCGCGGCCGCCCGGCAAAACCGCGUGGCGCUGCGCUUCGCUGCCGAGGCCCUGAGGUCUAACAGGGACUUCAUGGGCCGCGUGCUGCAACAACAGGGCCGAGCCUUGCAAUUUGCAUCGCACGACUUGCGCCGCGAUCCUGCUCUGGUCUUGCUGGCAUCGGAGGAGGACUGCUUCGCCUUGAGCUUUGCGGAUCCCGCGUUGCUGGCGGAGAAGAGCUUCUUGCAGAAGCUCAUGGACCGUCAGAGGCCGAGCCACGCCUCUCAAGCGCUGCAGUUCGCGGCCCCGGCCCUGCAAAGGGACCAGGACCUCCAAAGACUCUCGGCGGCCGCUCGCGUUGAGGAGCUUUGUCCUUCAUUGCCCCUUCCGGAGCGACACCCUGCGAUGUCCAGAUUGGAGAGGCAACAUCGCGUAAAGGUCCUGCAGGACUAUCUUCACCAUCAGCCACACCAGUGCCGUGUGCUUCGGUUUCAGGUGGCACAAGCCGUGAAGUCUGCCGUGGAGGCGGAGAAGACUCUGUAUGAGGCAGCCUACAGGAGCGGUCUGGCCGCCAAUGCUGCGAUGCAGGCUGCUUUGAAUCCUGCACUGGCUUUUCCUCCUUACCAAGGUGAGCCCUUCCUAGCGUCAGCAGAUCAUGUGAGUACAAAGGACGUGGAGGCAGGUGAGCCGGAGAAAGGCCUACCUGUUUGCCACAUGACCUGCCAUCACUUGGGUGGAGAGUGGACCAGGGAUGCCUCCUGGCCCUUCACUGAGAAAGCCACUGCCUUCUUGAUGCUCUGA